AUGUUCGUCUCGGUGCGCGACCGUCCACAAGGUCGUCGGCGUCGCAGCCAGGCCUACGGUGUCAACAAGGCUGCUCGCUCCUCCAAGUUGUCCCUGCUCUCCGCCAUCACUACUGCGUCCCAUCAAUCCCAUGGGUCGAACGAUAGCUCGUCAACGAUCACUCAAGAGUCCUAUUCAAAGUCCUCGUCGAGUUCAACCAAGCGGAGCAAGUCAUCGAGGACCAAGUCAUCCCGAGAGGCCCGCGAGGGGAAGCCAUCCUCGAGGAAGGAGAGCUCGGGACAGACGACCGAGGAGAAGAAUAUGUCCAGAGAGUCCGUGGACGUCUUCGAGUUUCUCGUAAACGAAGACGAACAAGAUGCCAUCGUGCCGGAAGUGAAAGAGCCUCCACAUGCUGAAGAGCAGACUGUCGAGACAACCCCCUCGGUAAGGGACGACUCCGACACCGAAAGCGUGGUGCGGAGCCUGCAUUCAGACUCGGGCAUAUCGAUGGGGGACAGCAUCCUUCACUUCAGCAAUGACUCCCCAGUCGAUGCUGGUUUGCCUCCGUUGCCAGAGGAUGGCAGAGAACAGCCAGAGCCUCUCGAACCGCAACGAGACCAGCCCAACCACUCCAAGCGGAUACAGUGGAAGUGGCCCGAGGUGCCUCGUGCGACUCAUAAACACCAUUUGCCGAGCCACGCUGCAAGGACACACAGUCCAGAACAGGCCCGCUUCGGGGUCCCUCCGUCGCCCAGUAGCUUCGAUGGCGGCUUUCGCUCCCCAGCUCCGCUGUCUGGUUAUGAUCUGGUCUCGGAUAAACUGGCUUCCGGAGAGCUUCCACCUGUGUUUCGGAGUUUCAAGAAGAUCAGAUUCCGGCUUCUGUUACAGUUACAAGAUGAGAUACUCGAGAUGGAGCAACAGCUCGCCGCCUUGGAUAUCGCCGACACCCGUACCCGCCUCAAUGCGGACGGUAGCACAUCGCCGGCAUCGAGAAGGCUCAGCUGGCAGUGGAAUCAGUCUGACUUGCCAGCACAUCGGUUACACAUCUUGGGGCGCCUGUCAAUAAAACUUGAGCAAUACUAUCAGGUUCUAUCAGCGUCCCAAAAGGUGGAUAGGCUCUCCUCGUUACCACCACCUGCUGAUAUUGGCCACUUCCGGGCGUGGCUGAAAGAGCACAACCCUUUAACACACCUAGAGUCUGGGUUCUUGGAUGAUGACGAAGACCUCAUAUCGCUGACCGAAACGAGGGAUCCUUCACGCAUGCCCGCUGCUGAGCCGACACCUGAUUUCCUUCCUCUUUGUGUUCUCACAAUGACGCUUCUACCACUGCUGUUCUUCAAAUUCAUGACGAGCGUCCUGAAUAGGUUGAUCAUCCUCACGAUCGUGCUGGCUGCCGGGUUAGGUAGUCUAGAGAAGCUGGACAGAGCCAGGGCCGAACAGCACAAGCAAUGGAUUGUCGCAUGUUUUGGAGUUUCGCUUCUCGCCGCGAUACUGUUUUAG